AUGUUUGAGGAGAUCGCAUUCAUGCCCCCAGAGCGGGCCUUCUGUGACCUGUCCUCUCCGGGGCAGGAGGGCAUCAGGGUGGUCCAGCUCUACCUGAUGCCGGCCUUCUUCCUGGGGGUGUUGAUACUGGGUCUGCCCCUCAACCUGCUCUCUCUCUGGAUCUUCUUCCAACGCCUGAAACGCUGGUCCAGGAGUAGUGUCCUGCUCUUCAACCUGGCCAUGGCUGACACCUUUUGGCUGCUGGCUCUACCCUUCCUCAUUCACUACCACUUAAACGGUCUCCACUGGGGUCUGGGUGUGUCACUCUGCAAGACCCUUCGGUUGCUCUACCACAACUACUUCUACCUCAGCAUCUUCUUCGUUUCCUGCGUUAGCGUGGACCGCUAUCUCGCCAUCGUCCACCCGCUGCGCUCUGUGGUGUUACUCGGCCGCCGGCAGACCUGUUUCCUCUGUGCCGUUAUCUGGGCGAUUUCCAUGGUGAUAAGUGUCCCUGUAGCUCACAUGACUUUGCUACAACAUUGCCCCGGAGACAAUAAUCGUACCGUGUGUACCCUGUAUAUGUUACUGGACGACACUGAGGAGAGCCUACCCUACUCAAUCUGCUGUACCACCAUCGGCUUCCUCGUCCCUCUAAACUCCAUAUGUUACUGUUGCCUCCGCAGCAUCAGGGAGCUCCGCCUCCGCAGCCGUCGGCCACAGGUCCACCUCCACAAAAACAAGGGGCGACGUCUCCGUCUGACCCGUGUGUUGACCGCCGUGCUGACCCUCUUUGCCCUGUUCUACCUGCCCUACCACCUAAGCAGGAACGCGGCCAUCGUGAUGCAUGCCAUGUACCUGGGUAGGCCGGCGUUCUGGCAGCCCGUAGACCUGGCAUUCUGCCUGGAGAUCUGUCUAUGUAGCCUGAAUACCUGUGUCAACCCGCUGUUUACUUGCUUCGUGGGACGGCAGUUUAGAAAGGAGUUCCAGGAUACCUUUGGCUUUGCUUGGCUGCAGCUUUGGAAGAGUCAACGACAGCAAUCAGCAGUGAAUCAUGUGGCGUCAGUAACAGGGUUGUUUGAGAGAAAGAGGAACCAGAGGACCAUAGGGCAUGAGAGAGAGGGGCAUGGUGGCCAGGGUUUGGCUGCUGUCACUCCACUGUGA